AUGGUUAGGUUAACAGCAGAUAUUAACAAAUUCCUAUCAUUUACACUUUCAUCACGGAAAUUCAAGCAAGUAUGGGACAAGGAGACUUUGUUUUCUGGAGGAGAAGGUUUAUUAGCUCAUUAUGUUGUAAAAGGUCUUGAUGGUGGUGCCAUGCCUGAAAGUCGUCUUGAUGCUGUUUACAGAGAAGUUUUGUUUAAGGGUGGAACAUUUGCUGGUCAGUUGACAACAAAAGGCAAACAACAAAUGCAUGCCUUGGGUGGAGUUUACAAGAAAUAUUAUAUUGAUACAUUACAGUUUCUUGAUCCAAAGUUUACACCAGAACAUAUCUAUAUUAGAAGUACAAAUGUGAAUCGUACAAUUGAAUCAGCUGCCUGUGUUCUAGCAGGUAUGUUUGGAAAUCAUAUAAAAAAGAAAGAUCCAGUCUCAAUUCUUGUUGCAUCCUCAACUGAUGAGAUUCUCUAUCCAAAUGCUUAUUUCUGCAAUAGAUUUGCAGCAAUUAAUAAAAAUCUCUGGAAUGAUAAUGACACGAUGCCAGGAAUGCGGCACAGUAGGCGACAAUUACAGGAUAUGUUGGGAAUCCCGCAAAAUGAACGUUUAGAUAUUGUCAAGUUACGUGAUGUCCUAGCCUGUCAGAAG